AAAUCGUGCAGUGUGCAGUGUCUGUGUCCCUGUCACUUAUCAAUCAUAAUUCAUUUGUUAUCAUAAAAUAAUAAUAAAAAGUUAUUAAUUUGUUUGAUUUAUCUCGUUUACCACGUAAUUCAUUACAUAAAACAUUCAAAAUGUCAAUCUACAAGGAUUUGCCCGAUGAACACCCCCGCAAACUGAUUCCAGAAUUAUGUCGCCAAUUUUAUCAUUUGGGUUGGGUCACUGGUACUGGUGGUGGCAUCAGCAUGAAACUGGACAAUGAUAUCUACAUAGCACCUUCCGGUGUUCAAAAAGAACGAAUUCAACCUGAAGAUCUAUUUGUCCAAGACAUCGAUGGGAAGGACAUUCAAUUGCCACCAGAAUACAAAAAGCUAACCAAGAGCCAGUGCACUCCGUUGUUUAUGUUGUCAUACCGGCACCGAGGCGCAGAGGCAGUCAUACACACUCAUUCCCAACAUGCUGUCAUGGCCACCCUCCUCUGGCCUGGUGAUGAAUUCCGAUGCACUCACUUGGAAAUGAUUAAAGGAAUCUAUGACGACGAGAAGAUGCGUCAUCUGCGCUAUGAUGAACAACUGGUCGUUCCCAUCAUCGAUAACACACCCCACGAAAAGGACCUCGCCGAUUCGAUGUAUGCAGCAAUGAUGAAGUAUCCCGGCUGUAGCGCCAUCUUGGUCCGACGUCACGGCGUCUACGUGUGGGGAAACAGUUGGCAAAAGGCCAAAACAAUGGCCGAAUGCUACGAUUAUUUGUUUUCAGUUGCCGUCGAGAUGAGAAAGUGUGGUCUUGAUCCUGAGAAAAUCAAUUUGUAAACGUAGCGGCCGCGACGACGUGAAGUGGCUGUGAUAAAAAAUAUACAUAUUUUUUCUUUA